AGAAAACGUGGCAUUUUUGAGUGACUGUCUAAAAUUCGAAGCUUACCCGGUGCUUACCCGUUGCCUCUCAUGUUAUGUCCAACGACGACCGUCUGAACGAGGCCCUCAAAAAUGUUGCAAUACAUGCAGACCCUACAUGGAAAUAUAGAGAUUAUGAUCCACUCCAGCAGACCAAUAUGAACCUUCACCUCACCGCCCGGCACCUCAAUGUGCAAUACAGUAAAUGGACAAAACUGGUUCCCAGAACCGUAAGAGACUCAAUUCCUCAAAGUAAACUCGCCAAGUACGGCAAUUAUGAGUACGACGAAGCACGAGAAAUGUCGUACACCUCUAGCGUAAACAAAUACGAUAGAUUGAACGACACUUUCGAUAAAGAUGACGCAGAUGAACCGUGGAUGAUGGAAGAAAUUGAUGAUUUAGUAGCUAGUUAUUUGAGUUAUAAUAGUAGCGCAGAAAGUAUUUGUUAUAAGAAUAAGCACAGAAAACUGCCAUGUUCGAAGAAUUUGUGUGAAAAAUCGUUUCAGUCGCCUUUUUUGGAAGCUACUAGUUUUGAUGAAAUGGUUUUGAAACUACAUAUAACUUCUCCCUACAUAAAGAAGUUAUGGGAACCUUUCUACUAUCCUCAAUACCAACCGAAAUAUGUUACCCAAUCAAAAUCAAAAAAACUAAUUUUGUUUAGCUCAACAGCCUGUCGUUUGUUUUCCUCGGUAGAAACGGAAAUUGAAAAUAGUGAUUGGCUUGAAGAAAUCACUGCUGACAAGGAAGGAAGCAUUUCUAUGGACCUGAUUGAGCAAUUCAAUAUAUCUGAGUCAGUUUUUUUCAAAAACCAUUCUCAACCGUCAAUAUCGUCACCUCCAAAAGACGACAGUCCCAGCAAACGUUCAUAUUCAGCAGUGCUACAAGGAGGCCCAAUUAAUCAACAACCACAAAAUGACGUUGCAACGUGUUCGACUAGUUACGCGUUCCCGCCAUUGAAGGCUGCAAAGAACAUAGAAAAAAUAUGUGAAUGGCCGUAUUUGAACGAUAAAAACUUAGAAUUGGCGAAAAGAAACGAAGUGCUUAUGGAAACACUAACCAACAAACAACACAAAAGUACUAGUGCUAAUAUCCCUGCAACGACUAAUACAUUAGAAAUUCAACGACCUAAAACUACGACAACUUUCCCUAUGAGUUAUCCUAAUUACCAAUAUUUAACUCGUCAACAACAAGCAAAUUUUAUCAAUCCUCGUUUAUAUUCUACAAACUACAUCAGUAACACUAAUGUACUAAAUUUUAGGCAAACCAGCUAUUAUCCUUUGUUGCUGCAUAAUGCUGCAGUUCCUUAUCAGCAACCAUUCAGACCUCAUUACAGACAAAAUGUAAUAUAUCCACAAAUAAGACCUCAAUUGCUGUUACCGAAUCAAAACCUACUUCUACAGCCAAAACAGACAAUACAUAUUUUACCAAGACCUCCUGUUGCCUCGCCUAGCUACAAUAAUUUUAGGAACACUUCUCGAUAUAAUCUCAGACCAAUUACGCCAAAUAAUAAAUUACCGAUGAAAGACGAAAAACUUUUUAUGCCUCACAUAGAAAGUAUUGUAACUAAAACGGUAAAUGCUGUAUUAGAAGAACCAGAACCUUUAUUGCCGCUAACUGAAACAUCUUCGGACGAAUUGGAACGACAAGCGUUGGAACAAUACAUUCCAUCUAGUACUGAUUUGUUCGACGAGUUGGAACGGCAAGCGAUUGAAGAAUACGAUGAAGACGAAACGUCGGAAAACUGGAACAGCCCCCCGAAAUAUCCUAACAUCGCUUUCGGGGGGUGCACUAGAGUUAAGUUGUUUAGUGUUAGUUGCCUAAAGAAGGUGCUGGGGUUUCUCUAUUUUAAUUGAAUAUAAAAGCUGAUGUCAAGUAUAAUUUAAGAAAAAUUUUUGCCCAUAAAAAAAUUCAACAAACGAUGUUCUUGUAUGUUUAAAAAUAUUAAAUUUUUAUUGCUAU